AUGGCCAGCCUGCGAAAUACUCGUACUGGAGCAGUUGCCCUCAAAGUGGACGUCAAGGCGACUCUACAGCUUGUUCCCUCGGCCACUGUCGCAAACUUGACCUGGACGGGUCUCCGAAGAGCCAAAGGCGAAUUUCUCUGGUUCGGCGCCGACUACUAG